GCGCUUCUUUCACUUUGCUCGAUAAUUGUUACUUUUAUCUAAAGCAUCAAAUAUUUGCCGCUUUCUAUUCUUUGCCUUGUUAUCGGAAAGCUUCGUCGACUCUCUUCUUUCUGGCCAUGAUCUCCGAGUCGUGACUGUAGCGCCGCAAUGUCAACUGCUAGCGCGCCGGGAGCAAUGCAGGUCUCUCCUGGGAAAGGUCUUGGUAAUCUGACGUUAGGAAGCUCCCUUCAUAAUGUAUUGAGUCGUAUCAAAUCACGGCCUCAGACAUACCCCGCCAUCGACCUUGCAUAUUCCUCCACCGAACCACUUCUCGAGCCCGUUGUGCUCAGUCUCCCUAAAAAUGGGUUAAGACUACGAUUUGAUGGGCCCGAUCAACGACUGCGACUGAUCGAGGUUCUUGAUUUCUCCAGGGUGCCCUUAGUAUAUAAAAAUCACGAAGUCGUUAAGAUCGCGAAACCUCAAGAGCAAAAUUCAUCUACCGGACCGGGCUUUCGCCAUGUAUACAACCGCCUUUUUGGGCCGUCAUAUCCCGGCGAAUAUAUCCCACCAGUAGAUAACUCUCCAUUCGGAACAUACGUCCUAUCGUAUCCAGGGGUGGCUUUUUCUUUCCCACUUCAAGACUCAGCCUGGUCCGAUAACUGCGAUUUUGUGGCGUUACUUUCGUCCUCUGCUGCAUCUCCAGCUAUCUCGAUGGCCAUAUUCCAGGGCGCCUCGUGGUCCGAAGCUCGGAAUAAGCUCUUCACAAGCGUGCCUCAGCUACCGCGUUCACCAGCACUGAUCGGAAAGGGUAGGGAAGCAGUCCCCGAUGAGAUUGAAGAGAUAAGUGUGCUGGGAGCGGGAAAAAUAGAGCUUUUGCGAAGAUCCAGCCCUACGCUCGUUAUCAACCUCUCCGAAACAACACCGCAGGACUUAAUUGCUGAACUCGGGCCACCUGAUGCUGUAUAUCGCAAAAAUGACCGCAGAAUAUCUAUUCACAAUGCUCAUGGCGUGAAUCAGCCACGGAUGUUAAGCCCAUCCCCCGGGCGAGGUCUUGAUACACCCGACACCGAUCACUCUUCGAAUAACAGCCCGACAGAAGACUCCGAUGACGAGACCUUUACUGGUACCAAUAUCGACCCUUCCUCCCUUCCUUCGGAAUGUUUCUUUAACUACUUCCACCAUGGAUUUGACGCCUUUAUAUCUUAUCCAACACCCUCAGGGCCGGCAUUCCCAGGGUCUGGGAUUUCGGAUGCUCCACCUCCUGCUACAUCCUCUCUGCUUACUGUUACGAAGCUUAUAGUGCAUGGGAACGUUCCAGGAUCAUACCCGUUUAACCGUUAUCGGCGAAGUCGUUGGAAGAUCUUACUCGACGAUACAGGGAAUGAGGUUCUUACAUCCGAGACACAUUAUGAUCAAGUAUCAGAACGACUUCAAGCACUAUGGAAAGGGUCAUACGCAUCACCUUCCGAGGAAACGGCACUUCAGAGGGGCAUGGUCCUGAAUAGAGGUUGGGGUGAUAGUCCUGAAAGCAGUGUAGAAUUCCUUGGGGGAUGGGAAGAAAGUGUCAGCGGUAAACAUAGAUCGACCUCUACAGGUCCCGAUGGUGGGCAGGGAUUGGGAAACACGGAGCUUUAUGGAUUUCCGGGCCUUCUUUUUGAGGUGUUGAAGAAUGGUGCGGUUAGUUCUAUGACAAUAUACUGAAACAUUUAAAGCUCAUUGUAUUUACUGAUUUGAACUGACGUUUCAUGCAUCUUUACACAAUUCAUUUUUAGGAUUAUUUCC